AUGGGAGAACAACUGUUAAACAACAGCAUUCUUGAUCAAUUUAUUAAUAGCCAUGAGCAGUCAUAUGAAGAGUUUCUAAAUACAUUCACUUAUCUUUUGAAAGAGGAAGAGGAGAAGACAAUUCAAGGAAGUAAAGUGGACUCCCUAAGAAAAACAUUUUCUACUUCAGAAUUAUCAAACAUAAAUAAACAGGAUGUCUUACCUGGAAGAAGCAAAGAAAUGUGGGGGUGUCUUCCACCACAGAUACCAAAUGAGAAUGAGACAGUGAUGAAUGGGAGCUGGAAAGCUGGUGGCUCUGAUGGAAAUGAUCUCUGUCUGUCUGAAAGAGUGAAGGUCGACAGGUACUUAGCUUUGGAAGAUAGAGAUGCAGAUGAAGAGACAUGCAAUGCAGGGUCAUUAGUUCUCCCAGGAGAGGUGGAACAGGCAGUGACUUACUGUACACCGUUUUUUGAUAAACCUAUUCAACUGAAGUUCAGAACCUUGUCAGUUCCACGGCCAUUGGACAGCAAAGCCCAAGAGCUACUAGAGGAUGAUGUUCAGCCAUUCUCACUUGAUGAAGAAUUUGAUUAUGACAAUGUGGCACUGACCCCUAAGUUCUCUGAAGCUGAGCUGAAGGCCGUUAUAGAAUUGUCUGAAGAGAAGAAAACGGGGACAAAUGUGAAGUCAGCAUGA